UUUCUUAUCAGGUCUGUGUGAUCUCGUUGGUAGUUCAUUUCUCCCUUUCUACCUUAUCCUGCUGUCUUUGACCCCCUCUCCUGCUUUAAUCCUCCGGUGAUGCUGCCGCCUUCUCCCCAAUCUCCGGCGACUUCUUCCACCCCUCUCCCUCCUAUCCACCUGCGCUCAUCCGCUAACAAAAGCUAUAACGUCCCCUUACCCCGCUCUAACAAGUCUCGUCGCCGCUUCUACCACCUAAUUGGAGCCGAUGCCACUCCAGCCAAACUCUCGUCUUCAUCCUCUCCUUCCCUCUCUCCAUCCUCCAACACUGCGGCCGAAUCCCUAUCCAGCGACGCCACGCUCCUCAGCCUCCUCCGGCAGCGGAAGACGGAAGAAGCCUACGAGCUUUACUCCCGCUUCCGCCACAUCCCCAGCCCCACCUGCCUGAGCCGUCUCCUCGCCCAACUUGCCUACCAACGCUCGCCCACUGCCCUCUCCCGCGCUCAAUCCCUCGUCCGUCGCCUCCGUGACGCCCGCCUUCUCCACCGCCUCGACGCCAACUCUCUCGGCCUCCUUGCAGCGGCCGCAGCCAAGUCCGGCGCCGCCUCCUACGCCCUCUCCCUCAUACGCUCCAUGCUCCGAUCCGGCUACCUACCCCAUGUCAAAUCCUGGUCCGCCGUAGUCAGUGCCCUCUCCUCCAAUGCCGAUCCUGAUGGCUCAACCGAUGCACUGCGCCUCUUCGACUCCGUACUCCGCCAAAUCGCCACUGCUGAUUCCCCCCUCACAAUCAAUUCCCGCCCCGACACCGCCGCUUUCAACGCCGCACUCAACGCAGCCUCCAAUUUAGGCGAUACAGCGCUCUUCGCGCAGCUAUUCGACAAAAUGCCUGCUUUCGAAGCAAAGCCAGAUGUUCUCACCUACAAUAUCCUCAUCAAACUCUACGCCAGAGCCGAGAGGAAAGACCUCCUAGUCUUCGUUCUCGAGCGCAUAAUCCGAAGCGGUCUCGUUCCCUGCAUAACCACGUUCCAUUCCCUCGUUGCUGCCUACAUCGGUCUUUGCGAUUUGCCCACUGCUGAGAAACUCGUUCAAUCCAUGCGUGAAGGUAGACGCGACAUUUGCCAUCUUCUCCGCGCAGAGACGUCAAAGAUCCUAACCACAAGUAAUGAGGAAGAACCCGGUUCAAUACUAAACAAGCUCGCUGCCAUCGCCGGCGAUGAGCCACCACCUCUGCUCCCGAAGACAUACAAGCCGGACACGCGGAUCUACACGACACUAAUGAAAGGGUACAUGAUGGCUGGCCGCGCUGACGACGUGGUCAGCAUGGUUUCCGCGAUGUGGCGCGAGCCAGACCCAUCAAGCCAUCCAGACAUUGUCACCUACACAACGGCCAUUACCGCUCUAACAAACGCUGGCGCCAUGGACCGUGCCCGCCACCUGCUCGACGAAAUGUCCCAGUAUGGCGUUACCGCCAAUCGUGUCACCUACAACGUUCUCCUCAAAGGCUACUGCGCCCAGCUCCAGCUCGACAAAGCCAAGGCGCUCAUGCACUCCAUGGCCGAAGAUGCCAGGAUCGAACCGGACGUCUUCUCCUACAACAUUCUCAUCGACGGCUCCAUCCUCGUGGACGACAGUGCUAGUGCCCUCGCCUUCUUCAACGAGAUGCGGGAACGCGGGAUUCCCCCUUCCCAGGUCAGCUACACCACGCUGAUGAAGGCAUUUGCGCUGUCAGGCCAGCAUAUUCUUGCCCACAAGGUGUUCGACGAAAUGGAAAAGGACAAAAGGGUGAAGGUGGACCAAGUGGCGUUCAAUAUGUUGGUCGAAGGAUACUGUAGAUUGGGUUUGAUAGAAGAAGCUAAGAGGAUUGUGGAGAGAAUGAAGGAGAAAGGAUUCUCUCCGGACGUUGCGACAUAUGGCAGCCUGGCUAAUGGGAUCGCUAUGGCUAGGAAGCCCGGCGAAGCAUUGUUGUUGUGGAACGAAGUAAAGGAGCGCUGUGCGGCCGGUGAUGUUGAUGGUGGCGGCGGAGGAGGAAGGGGAUUUAGACCGGACGAAGGGCUGUUAGAUGCGCUUGCGGAUGUAUGCGUGAGGGCGGCGUUCUUCAAGAAGGCACUGGAGAUCGUGGCGUGCAUGGAGGAGUAUGGGAUCGCGCCGAACAAGACGAAGUAUAAGAGAAUAUACGUGGAGAUGCACUCGAGGAUGUUUACAAGUAAGCACGCGUCGCCGGCGAGGCAGGCGAGGCGGAGCGAGCGGAAGAGGGCGGCGGAGGCGUUUAAGUUCUGGUUGGGUCUGCCGAAUUCGUAUUAUGGGAGCGAGUGGAGGCUGGAGCCCAUCAUGGAGGCCGAUUAGGCUUUUAGUCCUAUGAAACAAAGAAAAAUAGUUUUUUUUUUUCUUUCUUUUAUUUGUUUAAAGAAAGAUAAUUUUUAAAGCCAUAUUGCUUCUUUUGCCCUUUGUUAUUUUGAAGUUAUUGCGUGUGAAUUAAGUACAUAAUUUUAUUUGUAAAAGAUCAAUGUAUAUAUUAUGUAUUUAAUUUUUUCAUAUGGGUAAUUGAUGUGCGUGAGAGUGAGGAAAAGAAUAUAGAAAAGCAGUGAGAAAAGAAAGUAGUUGAUGAGUUGCCCUAA